AUGUCGCACCCACCACCUGAACGGUUCCUUCAUGGCAAAGUCGCCAUCGUCACCGGCGCCGGAUCUCUUGGUGAUGGAAUCGGCAACGGACGCGCCGCCGCCCUUUUGCUAGCGCAAGAUGGUUGCUCGGUGGUGUGUGUGGACCUAAAGCACAGUCUGGCACAGCGGACCGUCGAAAUGAUUGAAUCGGUAGGCCACGGGGCAGGAAUUGCCAUAGCAGCAGACGUAACCAAGGAGGAGGACUGUCAGAAGGCUGUAGCCCUCGCAGUUGAGAAGUACGGGCGUCUGGACAUUCUGGUGAACAACGUCGGCAUUACAGGCCCCAAGGGCACCACGACCGAAGUCGACAUGCAAGCAUUUUAUAAAGCCAUGGAAGUCAACGUCGGGAGUAUGAUCCUGAUGGCCAAGUAUGCGAUACCUGCGAUGAAGAAGAACGAGGGUCAGUGUGCAGGGGCCAUUGUCAACCUCGCCAGCGUUGCGGGUCUGCGUGGUGGCCAUCCAGCCAUAUUCUAUCCAACGUCCAAGGGAUCCGUCGUCAACUUGACCCGUGCCAUGGCAACACACCAUGGUAGAGACCGGGUCAGAGUGAACUGUGUCUGUCCAGGAAUGGUCUACACACCCAUGAUGUAUGGCGUCGAGGGCGGCAUGUCUGACGCAGAACGAAAAGCUCGUGCAUCGCGUAGCAUCCUCCGCACAGAAGGCAGCGGCUGGGACGUUGGUUCCGCGGUGCGUUUUCUCGCGUCGGACUGUGCUCGAUGGAUCACAGGUGCUAUCCUGCCUGUCGAUGCCGGUGCGACAGCUGCUGUAGGACUGGGUGUCCCGAGCCUUCACGAUGCGUUUCUGGGAACAAUCGGGGCCAAGUUGUAA